AUGGGACUAAGCAAACAGUCAGGGAAGUUCUUGCUGAUGGGUAUCUUGAUCAUUAUAGGCCUAAGAAUGCUUACAAAGCCAGAGCUAUACUUAUUCAUCUGGAGUAAUCCUGCAACUUAUUAUGCGAGUUAUAUUACACUUCAUACUCCAGAUGCCAAAAUAGUUAUACAAGCCUACGGAGGCGCGAUUUUACUUUUUUCAAUUUUAUUUUUGUUAAAAGUUGAAGAAGUGGGCGAAAUGCUAUUUUAUAUCAUUUUACUAGGAAAUUUCUUUGUGUAUAACCCAUUUUCAGCUCCUACUGAAGAAAUUUUUCAAGUUUGCUUGGCCAACUUGGCACUUAUGGCAGCAAUCUUAAUUUUGAUGGAUGGAGUAUGGGAAAAAAUAGCCACUUUUGCAGAAAGAGCCAGAGGUAAGAGGAAGUAA